UCACGGGGCGGGGAGGCGGCUCCCUGCUUGCAGACCUGGCUAGAUCCUUGACGCCGGGUCCCCGCCCGCAGCCACCCCCACUCUCCCCCGCAGCCUGUCGGGGACCGCAGAACCAGCUAGCUGGGCACGUGGGAGCCUUCGUCACACCCUACUCAUACACACACACACACACACGCACACGCACACACACACACAUACACGCAUACACGCAUGCACACACACACACAGAGGAGCCCCAGUAACCUCGCGCCAGCAUCCCGUGCCACAUCCCUGGCAGACACAGGCACUCACGAGUCUCUGUGCCAGCCUGCAGGACAGCGACUCCUGAAACCAACCUGCCCUUGGCAAGCUGUUUGUUUCUGCUCUCCAGACAGCUCCUCUGCGGCUUCUGGUACCACCACUUGGAUCCGACCCUUUGGCGACCUAGGAACGUGGAACCUGUAAGAGGUAGCGGCUCAAGAAGCACCAGAGGUAUAUAUACAGAGUAUUGGGAUUACAUCCAGGAUCCAAAAGAAUUUCUCACCUCAAAUCAAGGAUUUGUAUGAUAUUAUUCUCAGAUUUACUUAAUUUUAAUUAACAUUUUAAUAUAAAUACAUAUAUUUGCCUCAAGGGAGUCUUUAAGAAGAAUACUUUCCAAUGCCUAAGAAUAGCAAAGUGGUAAAGAGAGAUUUAGAUGAUGAAGUCAUUGAGUCUGUCAAAGACCUUCUGUCCAAUGAGGACUCAGCAGAAGAUGCUUUCAAGAAGAGCGAACUAAUCGUCGAUGUUCAAGAAGAGAAAGAUGCCGAUGCUGAAGACGGAUCUGAAGUUGAUGAUGAGAGGCCCGCUUGGAACAGUAAGCUGCAGUACAUUCUGGCACAAGUUGGAUUUUCUGUAGGUCUGGGGAAUGUGUGGCGAUUCCCAUACCUCUGUCAGAAGAAUGGUGGUGGUGCAUAUCUUUUACCAUAUUUAAUACUACUUCUGGUAAUAGGAAUUCCCCUCUUUUUCUUGGAACUUUCUGUGGGUCAAAGAAUCCGAAGAGGCAGCAUUGGGGUUUGGAAUUACAUAAGCCCUAAACUGGGUGGGAUUGGAUUCGCAAGCUGUGUUGUGUGCUAUUUUGUGGCUCUCUACUACAAUGUAAUCAUUGGCUGGACAUUGUUUUACUUUUCUCAGUCUUUCCAACAACCUCUUCCUUGGGAUCAGUGCCCCUUGGUGAAAAAUGCAUCUCAUACUUAUAUCGAACCAGAAUGUGAAAAGAGUUCCGCCACCACCUUUUACUGGUACCGGGAAGCACUGAACAUCACUAGUUCCAUCUCCGAAAGUGGAGGCUUGAACUGGAAGAUGACUGUCUGCCUGCUGGCUGCCUGGGUCAUGGUUUGUCUGGCCAUGAUCAAAGGCAUUCAGUCAUCUGGAAAAAUCAUGUACUUUAGCUCUCUGUUCCCUUACGUGGUACUUAUAUGCUUCCUAAUCAGAUCUCUCCUUUUAAAUGGUUCACUAGAUGGCAUCCGACACAUGUUCACUCCUAAGAUUGAAAUGAUGCUGGAGCCCAAGGUUUGGAGAGAGGCAGCCACUCAGGUCUUCUUUGCCUUAGGUCUGGGAUUUGGUGGAGUCAUUGCCUUUUCAAGCUACAACAAGAGAGACAACAACUGCCACUUUGAUGCUGUUCUCGUGUCCUUCAUCAAUUUUUUCACGUCUGUUCUGGCAACACUGGUGGUGUUUGCAGUUCUGGGUUUCAAAGCCAAUAUCAUAAAUGAAAAAUGCAUUUCACAAAAUUCUGAAAUGAUCUUGCAAUUUUUGAAACUGGGAAACAUUAGUCGGGAUGUCAUUCCCCAUCACAUUAACCUCUCAGCUGUCACCGCAGAAGAUUAUCAUUUAGUUUAUGACAUCAUUCAGAAAGUGAAGGAAGAAGAGUUUGCAGCUCUUCAUAUCAACUCCUGUCAAAUUGAGGAUGAGCUAAAUAAAGCUGUACAGGGCACUGGGUUGGCUUUCAUUGCCUUUACAGAAGCCAUGACACAUUUCCCUGCAUCUCCCUUCUGGUCAGUGAUGUUUUUCCUCAUGCUGAUAAAUCUCGGGCUUGGCAGCAUGUUUGGAACCAUUGAAGGGAUCAUCACUCCUAUCGUGGACACGUUCAAAGUGAGGAAGGAAGUCCUCACUGUUAUCUGUUGCCUCCUAGCAUUUUGUAUUGGCCUGAUAUUUGUGCAGCGCUCUGGAAAUUACUUUGUUACAAUGUUUGAUGAUUAUUCUGCUACUUUGCCUCUGCUAAUUGUGGUCAUCUUGGAGAAUAUUGCUGUGAGCUUUGUUUACGGCAUAGAUAAGUUUAUAGAAGACCUAACCGAUAUGUUAGGCUUUGCUCCAAGCAAAUACUACUAUUACAUGUGGAAGUACAUUUCUCCUUUAAUGCUACUGACUUUGCUAAUAGCUAGCAUUGUGAACAUGGGAUUAAGUCCUCCUGGCUACAAUGCAUGGAUCGAGGAGAAGGCAUCAGAAGAAUUCCUGAGCUACCCAAUGUGGGGGAUGGUUGUCUGUUUCUCUCUGAUGGCUCUUGCAAUACUUCCUGUUCCAGUUGUUUUCAUCAUUCGUCGCUGCAACCUCAUAGACGAUAGUUCUGGUAAUUUGGCCUCUGUGACGUAUAAGAGAGGAAGAGUCCUGAAAGAGCCUGUAAACUUAGAAGGAGAUGACGCAAGCCUCAUUCAUGGAAAGAUACCCAGCGAAAUGUCAUCUCCAAGUUUUGGUAAAAAUAUUUACCGAAAACAAAGUGGUUCCCCGACUCUGGACACUGCUCCCAAUGGACGCUAUGGGAUUGGGUAUUUGAUGGCAGACAUGCCGGAUAUGCCGGAGUCUGACUUGUAGCUGGGAUAAAAGCCGAGGUUAAGCUUGGUUCAUUAUUGGUAAUGAACAGUGGUUCUACUAUGAGAAGCAUUGGGCUUCACUUAUCAAAAGUGAUCUCAGGUUCCAUGGCUGCGAUCUUUAAUCCCCACAAUUUAAGAUAGUUCAAGAACAGCAAUCCUCAGUUUACAUUUGCACAGAAAUGAAUGCAGACAAAGCUUACAGUGACUGGGGUCAUAUUUUGCCAGUAUUUUUAAAAAAGCACUUUUGACAUAUUUUCAAGUAUUUCUAUCUCUUCAAAAACAAACAAACAAAAAUAAACAAACAGGUGUUACCUCAGUUUCUAAUAAUUUCUGAAUUUAAUAUUAUUGGCAAUUUAAAAAAUCCCUGUAUCUUACAUUUGAUAAUUUUGCCUUCAGAGUAAGUCCCAGUAUUACCACGAAGAGCUGUGUGAGCUGGUGCCUCUCGGCACAUUUCCAUGCAUAAGUUCUGUAGAUAGUCUGUACUUAUUUUGGUAGCACUGAAACCUUCUUAGGCACUUAGCUGAAGAAAACUGCAAAGUAUUUUCUUAUAUGAUAGCUGUAUAGAGCAAUAGUAUCAAAGAGCAAGAAGGCACUAAUCCUGGAUGAAGAGGUUAAGUUCAGAGGUGGCUGAGGAUCACAUGUGAUGGCUGAAUGUUUUGUGUAAAAUAGGUGUGUGAAAAUGACCCAAGUGAGUCGCUCCACACUCUCAAGAAUUAUGCAGACUGCAUUUUUCUUAUGCCGUGUGCCUAAAAACCUACUUAAUAUUUAUUGUGGUUUUGAGAUCACUUAUAGUAUAUUUAUAUAAUAUACUUGCAAUGUAUAGAGGUGAGUAUCAGACUCUUAAGUGCUGAUUUGAAAACUUGAAGCAAGAUAGCAUUUGAUUUCAUAUAUUUCUGUUUUGCUUCAUUUUUUGCAAACAUAAAUCCUUUUUUAAGUGAUUGUUAAAACUGUAUGGCAUUACAUUUUAACCUACAAAUAAACAAAGUUUAAACAAUGG